AUGGCAUCUUCUGUCCCUGCCGGUUUUCAUGCCCUUCCGUUACCCAUCGUUGAGCUUUCUCUAGCUGCUGUCUUGUCAUGUGGGCAAUCUUUUCGCUGGACGAGUCAUCCUUUACCAACGACUUCCUACCAAUCUUCUACUCACGAAUACCGAUUGUGUCUGAGCGAUCGUGUUGUAUGCCUAAGGCAAUCCCCAGAGUUCCUUUUCUACAGGACAGCACUUCCUUCUGGAUCGGUGAAUCUGCAUGAGAAGGAAGCAGAAACGCUAGUGUGGAUCAGAGACUAUUUUCAACUAGACAUCAAGCUAGAGACUCUCUACAACCACUGGAGCGAACGUGAUAUCAUAUUCAGCGAGCUAAGAUCACGCUUUGCGGGCAUACGCAUGCUGAGGCAGGAUCCUUGGGAGAACCUGGUUUCUUUUAUAUGCUCGUCUAACAACAACAUUUCUCGCAUAACGAAGAUGGUCCACUCCCUGUGCAAGAAAUACUCUUCUCCUCUCCUCUCUUUGCCUUCACCGGAUCCAUCAUCUGAAAGCGCUUCGACCGCGGACACGUACCAUCCAUUUCCUCCUCCUUCUGCCCUCGCCGCCCCUCAAGCCUCUGCCACUCUUCGAUCGAUGGGAUUCGGUUACCGUGCCGACUUUAUCCAGAAAACGGCCAAGUUACUUGUAGAUGCUCAUGGAAUAGCUUGUGAAAACCAUGACAUGGAGCCCUCGCAUAGGUGGUUACUGUCACUUCGUAGCAUAUCUACAGCCGAAGCGAGAGUUGAACUCCUCAAGCUCAUGGGCGUUGGCCGCAAGGUUGCUGACUGUGUUUUACUCAUGAGCUUGGAUAAGAGAGAGGUGGUUCCUGUUGAUACCCACGUUCACCAGAUAGCUAUCAAGCACUACGGACUACGCGUCAGCGGUAAAGCGGGUGCAAAGGCUACACUAACACCGAAGCUCUAUGAAGAUGUGAACACGAAAUUCGUUAACAUAUGGGGCGAAUAUGCCGGUUGGGCGCACUCUGUACGUUUCACUGGUCGCAGGCAGACAUUUUCUGACGUCUCGCAAGGUUCUAUUCACUGCAGAUUUGAAAUCAUUUGCUUCGUAUGGCCUAAUGCCAACGGAAACUGCCCAUGA